UGUUGUUUACACCAACUGUGCCUCGCAUCUGCCUAUCAUCUGAGAACUGCGCCUGUGCUCAAGACUGCAGGUCAGUCCGUCCUCGACCAGGUAACAGACAUGGGGCUCUGCUCUCUAACACAUCAGAUCGAUGCUUUAAACAUCCUAAAUGAACUGCGAGAUCACGGGACGGGCAGUAAUAGAGAGGGAGAGGGCCGGUGUCCGGGUGCUUUGGCGGCCGGUAAAGUGGCCGCUCGCCCGGGCGAUGUGAUGAAGGAGCCCCGCAGGCUGAAGACGAUCGCGGAGAGAGCACGGGAAAACUGCCUUUCGCGACUGCUCGAGAUACUGACACAGCUCAUAUCCAUCGAAGAAGACUUCAUUAAAGACGGCUCUUACGGGAAGAGUUUGCUCAAGCGUAAGGACAGUGUUGAUCUGAAGAACAUAUGCUUGAGAAUGGCUGUUGCGGAAGGUGGUUCUCGCUCGGACAGAGACUUGAGGGAACUUCGAGACUGUCUUCGACUUAUCGUCAUUAGCCUGCUUGCACAUGUGAGAGAUGAAAACAACCUGUCAUCUACCGUGUCCACUCACAGACUAAGAGAGCUUUCAAACUCCUUCCCUGAAAUCUGAAAAUCUGCAGAUUUCACUGUGUGAUUUCUAAGGAACUACCUCAGAAAAAUAAGGAGACAUUUACUUUUCUUAAGAAACAAACAAGCCAUGAACUAUCUGUGAAUCAUCAGUGAAUGUAACAUUAGCAUGAUGUUUCAGAUUACAAAUGAAGGCGUGGAACCUCACAAAAAAAGUGUUUUGCAGAGCAAUCAUGUAUAUGCUCAGCUUUAAGCUGUAUUGUUUAUCGUAUGCAUUAGUCAGUACUCAUGCAUGCAUAAGAAUGGCAGAACAACAUUCUCUUCGCACAUACC